UUCAUCACAACUUGGAUACCGACUCACGAAAUCUGGUCGCGAACAGGUGAGGCAAGCGCUAGCGCAGAGGUACGGAGAUCUCGGAUCAAUAUCCAGUCCACGUCAACGGUAAAAAGAGGAAACAGCUGAAAGAUGAGACGUGGAUUUGGGUGUCGCUUCAACCUCACGAAAUUGAUCAGUAUGCCAACGACGUGAUGGCGCACCCCACACGAGAAAAUUCAGCGCAUCUCUGGAGGCAAAGACUGCAGAUCUAUACGAGCACAUGUGCUAGAACCUUACCCACUCUGGGAAAGAUUUUACAGAAGUUGGCAAGAGGCAACAGCACUUGA